AUCCGUGGGAGGGGGCGUGGUCGCACCGCCCACGCAGAUCCCUCCGCCUGCGCCAGUGGGACCGAGGCUGAACGAGCCGCCAUUUUGGACGUUGGUCUCUCACUUCCUCUUCUGUGUCGCUGCUAUAGCUGUUCCCCAUCCCCUGUUGGGCCGGAAAUAAAAAUCAUGCUGGGCUCUGGGUUCAAGGCUGAACGUUUAAGAGUCAACUUGCGUCUUGUCAUUAAUCGCCUCAAACUGCUGGAAAAAAAGAAAACGGAACUGGCCCAGAAAGCAAGGAAGGAGAUUGCAGACUAUCUAGCAGCUGGGAAGGAUGAACGGGCCAGGAUUCGUGUGGAGCAUAUCAUUCGAGAAGAUUAUCUUGUGGAGGCCAUGGAGAUACUAGAACUCUACUGUGACCUGCUCUUAGCCCGAUUUGGCCUGAUCCAGUCCAUGAAGGAACUAGAUUCCGGUCUGGCUGAAUCUGUGUCCACAUUGAUCUGGGCUGCUCCUCGACUCCAGUCUGAAGUGGCUGAGUUGAAAAUAGUUGCAGAUCAACUUUGUGCCAAGUAUAGCAAGGAAUAUGGCAAGCUAUGUAGGACCAACCAGAUUGGAACUGUGAAUGACAGGCUAAUGCACAAAUUGAGUGUGGAAGCCCCACCCAAAAUUCUGGUAGAGAGAUACCUGAUUGAAAUAGCCAAAAAUUACAACGUUCCUUAUGAACCUGAUUCUGUGGUCAUGGCAGAAGCUCCUCCUGGAGUUGAUACAGACCUUAUUGAUGUUGGAUUCACAGAAGAUGUGAAAAAAGGCGGACAUGGAAGAGGAGGAGGAGGAGGUGGUGGAUUCACUGCACCAAUUGGUCCAGAUGGAACAGUGCCCAUGCCCAUGCCCAUGCCUAUGCCCAUGCCAUCACCAAGUUCUCCUUUCUCAUAUCCACCUCCAAAAGGACCAGUUGAUGAUAUUAACGUUGAUAAGAAUGUUCCUUCUGCACAGGUCGUUGGUCCUGGCCCCAAGCCAGAAGCUCCUGUGAGACCCACCUUGAAAACUACAGACACCUUUGACAACUUUGUGUUGCCUGAGUUGCCAUCUGUCCCAGAUACACUACCAACCACAUCUGCUGGUGCCAACACCUCUGCAUCUGAGGAUAUUGACUUUGAUGAUCUCUCUCGGAGAUUUGAAGAGCUGAAGAAGAAAACAUAGACCUUUUGGGGGCUGCACUACUCCAGUAUGCGGGAGUUGGGACUGAGCAGCUCUCUUCUUGUAAUGAAGAUUCCCAUAGAAAUCUGUUUCCUAUAUUAACGAAUGCUCUCUUCCUCUUGAACUCUCUUCCUGCUGUACCAAAUUCUGCUGCUUUUCAGCUCUUCAUGACUUCAGGAGGCUAAUAACUAUUGGGGAUCCUACAAGAACAAUAGAGGAACGACUCCUGCAGGUGUGGAUUGUUCCUUAAAAUAUACUUUGUCCGUCCCCUAUUAGUGUGGUUACAGAUUUUGUCCUUGACUAUUAUUAUCAAGCAACUCCACAGGGAAAAAGGAAAGGGAAAACACUGUGGGAGAGUCAGAGUGUGCUGGACCAUGGGGAAGAGGGUAAUAUGAGGCUUUACAUCCCUCUGCCAAGGGCCCAGACUCUUUGUAAAGGGACAUUUCAGUGGGUGAGAAAUAGGGGGAAGGUGAGUAUUUCUCACUUCCUCAGGUAGAAGUGGAGGAGAAGACAUGGGGAACUAUAGUAAUCGUUGCUGGAAGCUGGGCAAUUUCAUUGCAUAUAUACUAUUCCUGGCUGUGGGAUGCUCUCUUGCACCUGGAUCCAGUUGCAAAGAUUUUCUGGAAAAGUUGAUGGCCUCUCUUAGUUCUGCUGGAUUCUCAGGGAGCCCUCCGUGGCCUUUUACACAUUUUUGUUUGAGUACUGGGUUUCUCUUUCACAAGGGCCAGUGCUACAGUUUCCUGCUUUUUCUCCAUAUCAUAUUCUGUUUGAAGUUGUUGGUCUUUUCUUCUUGAGUGUACUACUGGCACCUGAAUGACUGUUUAUAGGCGAGACAAAAAAAUGCCUAUUCAAGGGUUCUAGCUGCCUUAAUACAUGCAUUUAAGUCUCUCUUAGUGAGGGAGCUGGAAGGUCCACUGAGAAUAAGUGGGAAGUCUAUUUUUAUUUGAAUACACUAAGAUGAUGUGGAACUUUCAAAAAUUUAAUCAGAAAAUUUUGGUGCCCACUAGUGUAAUUGUUCUCCGCUUUCCCUGAAUAGGCAGAUGGAGACUGACAUCCCAAUUUUUAACUUCUUUAUCUUUCUGUUAGCUAAUGUCACUCUCCCUAGGGGAAGGCCUCCUGUAUCAACGAUGUGACUGGUCUUCUUUUCUGUGUAAUAUAUUUGUAAAGAAGCUUUUCUUUAAUUUUUGGAUUGAUUUGUGUCAUAGAGAUUAGUAGUUCCUAAUAAAGGUAAUGAUUCCAUGCCCUGUUUUGCUACCAUUUGGCCAGAAAGUGAAGGUAUUGAUAAGGGGCAUUGGGAAUGGAGAGCCUUAGUGAUUAUACAUAAAGGUUGUUUAAACAAGCGACCUGCGGAAGCACACCAGGCAGUUCUAAUGCCAGUUCUGUAGAUCUUUAGCUUUUACUUAUUUUAAAUGUUUAAGUUAAAUAGUUUGAGGUGUCAUAUUUAAUCACAAAUAAUAACUGAAUUAUUUCUUUGGUUCAGAAUAAACUGGACCUCCUAUUAGUGCCUUUGUCUUGCAGGAAAAAAAUCCAUGUGAUAGUAAGAUCAUUUCUUGGCAUCAUUUUGACUGACAUAUUUACCACCAUAGUCACUUUGUAAAUGUGGACAGUAGGAUUCUAAGAGUGAGUGCUGGGUGGUUCUGCUAACCUUCUCUACCUCACUGGCAGCGGGACUGACAGUACUUUGAAAUUGUUCCAUCUAGGACCUUUGCCCACAUCCACCUCAGCAAGGAAUCUUUACCAUGUCGGUGCCCCAAAGAAUACCUGAACCCCAUGUAAAUGGAACACAGUGCUGAGGUGACUUUAUUUAAUCUAGCAGUUAAGUUGAAAAUAAGAGUGGGUACAAUCAUCUGUCAUUCCCCAGGCCAUGCCAUGCAAAAAUAAAUACCACCAGUAUGCUUAACAUUAAUCAGUCAUGAUAGGAAAUCCAAGGAUAGGGAACAAAAAAGUCAAGUUGGUUCAUUCUCUAAAGUUUUCCAUGUUGGUGCCUGCUGCUACUGGGACUGGUUGCUCUGGCAGGGCUGCCUUUUGAGGCCUCUGUAUUCCUAACAAAUUGGAGAGUUUUUGCAUCAGAAUUUCUGUAAGUGGUGCUUCUUUCUGUGCCUAGUUUUGGAGGAAAGGAGGAGGAAAAGUGAGACAACUUGAAACGGUUGCUAAGAGUGAGAACAAACAAUUACCUUAAUGUUUUGCUGCCCAGAAGUGGGGUAUUAACGUUCUUUUUAAUAAUGCAGUGCCAACAAUGUGCUAGGGACUAUAUGAAGAACAUAGAAUUUAAUGUAGUUCUUCAGAUUAUAUUAUUGGGGAAGUGUUGCCUAUAAGAGUUACCGUAAAGGGUUGUGGUGCAGAGUAUGCAAUACUCAUUCUUUCCAUUAGACUUCAUACAGUCAAUGUUUAACUCACUGAGCUGAGGAAUUACCUACCAUAAUGGACUUUCUCUCCUUGCAGAAGGUCAGCAGAAUUGCAGAAACAAAAAGGUUAAUGAUCACAAGCACUAACAAAAUGACACUGGUGAUGAUCAGAAAGGAGCCCAGGACUGGGUCUAAGGUGAUAACCUAGAAAGGUAAUAGAAACAAGCCCUGAGCAAUAUGUGUAAAUACUGAUGGAAUUUUAUUUACUUCUGGUUCUAAGAAAACAAAGUUUAAUAUUUUGUUGUUUGGGACUUAUUCAUAAAAAGCAUAUGUAAAUUUAGAAAUGAAGAGGAAGAAGAAUUAUUAUUGGAAGGUGUUAGAAGAAUGCAAUAGCUGAUUUAUUUAAAGGUGUAAAUGCCAUGAUAUGCUUUAUUUAACAUGAAGGAAUGGAUGACAUAAUAAAACUGUAAUUAUUUAGCUCCCCUUUUUUUAUGUAGACGACCUUAGAAAACAUGUGUCCAAAUCUACUGGAAGGGUAUCUACAUGUUAAUUUUUAAGAAAUAACAGGAUCCUGUUUAAUGAUACAUAAAUACCAGAAAUAAAUCUGUCCAUAACACACCCAGAAACCUAUCACUUAAAUAAAAAUGGAACAGGUUUUUAAAGGAUAAA